CUCAGCAUGCUGAGCUGGGAGCUGAUACUGUCAGUCUACAUCCUGACCUUCCUGAUUGGUCUGCCCACCAACCUCCUAUCACUCUGCGCCUUCAGCAUCAAGAUCCACAGGAAGGCCACGCCCACAGACAUCCUGCUGCUCAACCUGACGGUGUCGGACCUCCUCUUCCUGCUGGUGCUGCCGCUGAAGAUGCACGAGGCCGCCUCCCACAUGCGCUGGCACCUGCCCUACUUCCUGUGCAGCGUCACCUCCUUCCUCUUCUUCUCCACCAUCUACACCAGCUCCCUGCUGCUCAUGGCGGUCAGCGUUGACCGCUACCUGGGCGUGGCCUUCCCCAUCCGCUACAAACUCCUGCGCAAGCCCCUGUACGCUGUGGCUGGCAGCGCGGUCAUCUGGAUCGUCAGCUCCGCCAACUGCAGCGUUGUAUUUGUCAUAGAGCACCUGCUCUCGGAGAACACCACCCUGAACACUGAGAUCUGCUAUGAGGACUUCACCUCCAGGCAGCUGGAGAUCCUGCUGCCUGUCCGGCUGUCAUUCUUCUUUGUCCUCUGCCUCUUUCCUCUCCUCACCUGCACCUUCUGCUACCUGAGCUGCAUUUACAUCCUGUACACCCGCCCCCGAAUAUCCCGCCAGAAGAAGCAGAAGGCCAUCGGCAUGGCUAUCGGCACACUCCUGGUGUUCGUGGUUUGCUUUCUGCCUUACAACCUCACCCAUGUGGUAGGUUACCUGCAGGGGACCAGCCCCACGUGGAGGUACUACACCCUGCUCUUCAGCACCUUCAACACCUGCCUGGAUCCCAUCAUCUUCUUCUUCUCAUCCAGCAGCUUCCAGCUCACCAUCAAGGACUCCAUUUUCAAGAUCCUGGGGAGGAGGGGGGCAGCAGCAGUAAGAGGAAGCUGCUGGAAAACAUUCAGACCAGAGUCAGACUGA